AAAUUUAGGUUUAAAUGCCCAUUAUAUGCGGAUGCUCGAAUUUCACGUAGGUGCAGCAGAAACAUUCUUCAAUAUACUUGUAGCUCUCGCUUGUACGUCAAGAAAUAAGUCACGAGACUUUAGCUGCCUCGACAUAUUUCUUUUUCUCCUCGGUGGUACGUAAAGUCGUAAACGCAAGGUAAAUGGGUAUAUUUCCUGGAUUUGGUGCCUGGAUCAGUCAGAACACUCAACAGCCACGAAAAUCUCAAAAUGUUGAAUCCAAGAAAGUGAGAGAGAUGAAAAGUCACGAGGAUAGAGAUGACACAAAGGAGCAGUUAAAACUAUGGAGAGAAGCAGAAAAGAAAAAACAAUGGCGUGAACCUUCCCCUAAGGUGACGAAGAUGGAAGUAGUGAAUGAAUUAGAAUGGGGCUAUUGCCAUAUGAAAAUGGAUUUCGAACUAGGAUUGCCACCUCAGGCAGCUAAAGAAAUGUUAACUAAUCCAAACAAUCGAUCAUUCACCAGAAUUAUCAAACACCACGAGAAUGGGAAGUCGAGAGCGGCUGACAAAGUUUUGGCAUGGAAGUUCCUUAGGUGGUCGCGAACUAUCCCGAUAGGUGUUCGUGUACCUAAAAUCGCAGACCGAAAAUCAAUUGUUGUACGUUAUGACAUAGAGAAAAAAGACAUGAUGACGUUCAUGGAAAUGUUUGAGGUUAGCUGUACACUGGAGCCAAUGUAUGUAGAUUCAAAACGCUUGUGCAAGAACAUGAAGCCGAAGAGCCGAGAAGAAUACAAAAAAUGUAGUGGUGGACAAGGAAAGAUUGCGUCAAAGGUGGAACUGGAAAUGGUUUUUAAGCCUUCAUUUUUUUUCAAUGUGCCUCCGGUUUCUUGGUACAUUCGCUGGCUUACUGUCAAGACCAUGAAGGAUGUGGCCAGAGAUUUCCAAAUUCGGGCUGCUGCCAUCCGAGGUCGGUGAAAUGUAUGCGCCCCCAGUCCGGUAACAAUUGAUUUUUACCGUUUUGGUAUUAAAUACUCCCUCUAUUUUUUAAAGAUACAUAUUAUAGACUUUUCACAUAUAUUAAGAAAUCAUAUUAAAAAUGCAUUGAUUUUUGUGAAUAACAAUUUUCCAUAAUCUUUAACCAAUAAAAAUCCAACAAACACAAUUAAUUUUCUUGAAGUUAACAGAUUUUCAUUAAAUAAUACAUUGAAAAAGUAAAAAAUGUAUCUUUUUAAAACAAAUUUUUUUCCUAGAACAUGGAUCUUUAAAAGACAGAAGAAGUAUUAAAUAGUGUUCUAAAAUGACAUUAUUUUUAUGUGUAACUCCGCAUAGAUGUCCAUUUCCAAUAACUAGUGACCAAAGAAUAGAAAUGAAACAAUGCAUUCCUUAAUAUUCUUAAUUACUUUAUUAUUUAUGGGAAA